UUGGCCAAAAUUUUGUUAGAAACGUUUAAUGCAAUUUGUGUUGAUUUAGCUAAUACUUGCGAUUCAGUGAAAUAAAACCACAAAAUAGCUGCACUUUCCUUUUUACGGCGCACAGACGUCCAUGUCAAAGAUUUCGGGUUUUAGUCAAAUAAAAAUUAUGCAAAAUGAGUGAGACUUCGGAAGAAAUGCCGCAAGGAUCCAGUGAGAAUGCCGAGUUAAGGGAAAAAUCAGAAAAUAUUCCCAUAACAACACCUGCCGCACCAACGUCAGCUUUACUCCACGAAGAAAUAGUUUCAACUACCUCAAAAGAACAAAUUGAAGAAGCUUCCACAACACGAGAGCAACAACAAAGCACUUUCGAAAGUUUAAAUGCAGAGAAAAUUGAGAUGGAAAAUGCAGAGAUAACUGAAAGUGAAAAGGUAGCCAAUGCGACAGGUUCUCCAGAUGUUGUUGGUGCCACUGAAAUCCGUCGAAGUGAGAGCGCCGUAGAAAGAGCGAAAGUUAGUAUGGAAAAGGACGAGAAAGAAACUGUGCUUGAUAGAGAAGAGGAAUCCAACCAAGCCCUCAAUCCAAAACUAACAGAAGCAGAUGAAAAUACUCAAUCAUCCUCUUCGGUGCCUUCUACUGAAACGCAGUUGGACGACAAUUACGCACAGCAUGUGACGUAUGAACCCGAUGGCAGCGCCAUCUAUACGGAUCCCAAUACGCAUCAUCGCUACACAUGGAGUACAACAGAAAAUAAUUGGUUGCCUUGCGACGCUGACAAAGCUGAGAGUGCAACAACGUCGACUGAAAAUCCGUAUGAGAAUGAACACUAUAAAUGGUGCAGUCAAACGCAAAAGUGGAUACCCAAAGUGCAGCAACAAACAACCGAAACGGAGCAUUACAAAUGGGAUGCGGAGAAAAAGGAGUGGAUACCAAAAACGGGCGCCGCACAAACAAGCGAUCCAAAAUCGAAUGCCACUGAUCCAGCGAAUGUGAUCUAUGACAUUGACGAGGACGGCCAACGCAUUUACACCGAUAAAGAUGGCACGGUGUUCUUUUGGGAUGAGAGCAAGAACGCUUGGUUUCCGAAGAUCGAUGAUGACUUUAUGGCGCACUAUCAGAUGAAUUACGGUUUCAUAGAUAACACUAGUGCCUCGGAGGAGGAGGCCAGACGUAAAGCGGAGGAAGAGAAAAAGCAAAAAGAGUUGGAAUUGCAACGUAUGACCGAGGAGGCAAAGGCGGCUGCAGCAGCGGAGGCGGCGAAUGCAAAUGGCGAAGGUGCACCCGCUAUAAAGCGGAAAGCGCAAGAGCCGCCAAAAUGGUUUGAUUUGGAUCCCGAGCAGAACACGAAAGUUUAUGUAUCGAAUUUACCCUUGGACAUUACCAUGGAUGAGUUCGCCGAGCUGAUGGGCAAAUGCGGCAUGAUUAUGCGUGAUCCACAAACGCAAAAGUAUAAACUGAAACUGUAUGCGGAGUCCGAUGGUCAACUCAAGGGCGAUGGCUUGUGUGAUUAUAUUAAAGUGGAGUCUGUGGGUUUGGCCUUAAAUAUUUUGGAUGAGUAUAACCUUCGUGGUCACAAAAUACGCGUGCAACGUGCCAAAUUUCAGAUGCGUGGCGAAUAUAAUCCAGCUUUGAAACCGAAACGCAAGAAGAAGGACAAAGAGAAGUUGCAGAAAAUUAAAGAAAAACUUUUCGACUGGCGUCCGGAAAAAAUGCGCGGUGAACGCUCGAAAAAUGAGAAGGUGGUUAUCAUUAAAAAUCUCUUCGAUCCAAUUAUUUUCGAAAAGGAAGUGCAGCUGAUAUUGGACUAUCAGAAUGAGUUGCGUGAGGAGUGCAGUAAAUGUGGCACCGUACGAAAAGUGGUCAUUUAUGAUCGUCACCCCGAAGGCAUCGCACAAGUGAAUAUGGCCGACCCCGAGGAAGCUGAUGUGGUAAUACAAAUGAUGCACGGCCGUUUCUUCGGACAACGUAAGCUGAGCGCGGAACAUUGGGAUGGCAAGACCAAAUACAAAAUCGUCGAAACCGAGGCGGAGGUGCAGAAACGGCUAAGUCAUUGGGAUCAGUAUCUAACAAAUGAGGAAAAUGAGGAGCGGGAUGCCAUCCAAAAGGCACUGAAUGAGCCGAUGACGACGCCUUCAAACGCUGGGGAAACGCCAGUACAACAGAAUGAAUUAGAAAGUGAUGCUGCAGACACACCAAAAGUGUGUUAAACUUUAUGGAAAUAACUUACUUUGCAGGGAGCGUGUACUCGCUGAGGUCAAAUGCUUAAAAGAGCUAGCAAUUGUAUUCAUUGUAAUGUCAAAUGUGUGGCUUUGCAAUGUUUGAAAUAAAAUACCCUAUUACGAUCUAAGUCA